GUUAUGCAUGCUCUAAUAGGGCAUUGGAGGUCAAUGGGCAUACAUUGUGAAAAUCAUGUAGAUGAUUUCUGGAUAGCAUACCCAAACCGUGAAAUUCUGAUAUAUCAAAGAGACAAUAUAAUUGCAAAAGACCUGACAAAAGGUGGCUUAGUGCUUUCAAACAAGGGAACAUGGGAUCCAACACAAGAACCAAAGUUUUAUGGACUUAUACUCGACACAAAAAGAGCACAGGUGAUAAUCCCAGAUGAGAAAUUAGUAAAGGCAAAAAGAGCCUUACAAACGCUAGCCACAAGAACAAUGCUUUUAGUCCGGCUUUUGGCAUAA